AUGACAGAAAUGGAGAUAUCCGCUAGUUUCCUCUUACUCAGCAAUAUAUUGCAAUUCGUUCCUGCCUUAAUAGGCGCUCUGAUCAACUCAUACCUUUUUUACAAAUUUUUCAAAAAAGGAGUCAGAAGUGGUUUUUACAAAUUAUGUUUACUAAAAACUAUUCCUAAUUUUCUUGUUUGUGCUGGAUUUUUGUUCUGGGCCGUUCCACUGGGCUUUUUACAAAUUAGAAGUGAAAGGAUACCCAGAAUCAUGAAUGUUUUAGUUGCACAAGUUUGUGGAUCAUUUUCUUAUGUACUCGGACCACUCCUGUUGACCUCAAUGGCGCUCAAUCGUUUUGUUGCCCUCUAUUUCCCAGUAUUUAAAUCUUCCAAUUCAAAAUUGCCUGUCACAAGUAUAUGGAUUACUGUUUGCAUUAUUACCGCAGCGUGCUAUGCAGUAGCAGGUUUGCCAGAAGACUGUGGUUAUAUGUUCCUUCCUGAAGAGAUGUUAUGGAUAUCUGAAGAAGGAAAAUGUUCUGAAAUCGAAUAUGAUAUUCUUUUAUAUUUUGUUUUUGUCGCCGGAAUAAGUAACACCGAUGCCAAACUUCGACGGCGAACGUAUAUAAAAAGACUGUCGCAAUGUUUCAUACAAGAUUCUCUUCAUUCAAUUGACUCUAUUAAUACAACCUAUACCUACAAACUUGACGAGUCAUCUCUCUGGUUUCAGUUCAUAUGUUUUUCGUUGUCAUUCGUUGUUAUGCACAUGCUAGAUGGAUUUGUUAUGUUCUUCUUUCAUACUGCUGUACAGCCAAUGUGGCUUCGAAAACAAUCUUCAGUAAAAAUUAUGGUGUCGGCAGCUCGAAUUACUUGA